UCAAGAGAGCCGAGAAUAGAAGAGAGUAGAUAUCCAAGCUUUAUCAAUGGCUUCAUUAUCAUCGAGUGCGUCAACAGCUCCAUACCCAAGCGCUGCUAGAAUCUCUGAUUCUCAAUGUUAUCAGCAGUACACUGCCUCUCUCAAAUGUCUAGAAAAGUAUAACUCAGACAAGAGCAAAUGUCAAGAACAAUUUGAUAACUAUAAAGAAUGCAAGAAAAAGGAGAGAGAAGAUCGACUGGAGCGAAACAAGAGUAGGUCUCUUUUCUCUUGAAAUCCUCGCAUGAUCUUAACUCAUCAUAAGGGUGCAAAGCUUAGAUUUGAGCUCGUCACUCAUCAGAAUCGGUAUUAGAUACCCAGGCAAAUAUAGCUGGUUCUGUGUGGCUCAUCCACUUUAUUGCGGCAUUUGUAAAAACACGAUGAUUAUUUAUUAUAUUGUUUCCAGACAAUUUAGACUUGGAUUUUGCUUCAAGUCUGGAAUGGUGAUGUUAGUUCUACUAUAAACCAUAAAAAAACAGAACGGUUAUCAUAGGCUUUUGGCCUUGCUUAUUUGGACGGGACUGUU